ACUGGGCCGCGAGGAAGUCGCAAGAUGGCUGAUGUCGCUUGGAAGUAACGUUACCCUCCGCAACAUGAAGCCGUGAGCGUGGAAGAACGCGAGGGAGGCACCAUCGGGCUUUUAUUUUUAUUUUCUUUUAGUUACUUUUCUUUUAGUUCGUCAAACAUCCAUUUCAUUCCGCGUCGUGUCCGCCCCGGACUCGUCUUCGGGAGUUGACGCGUCAAAAUCACGCCGGGGACCCAGCCAGUAGAUAGCGGCUAGCCACCGUUAGCAAAUAGAAGCACAGCUAGCCACACUGCUUAGUACUUUGCUUUUAACUGAUACUUUAACCGCCGGCGGGGCAUUAAGCUGCGGCUCCACGUGUGCUGACGUUUCCCAGGAGCAUAAAUGUGGCACAAAAAAAAUCAGCUGUCAUUAAAAAAGGACGAGUUUUAAAAUCUGAACACUAUGUCCGCGAACUGGCCAUCCAGUCUGUGGGUUGCUAACUAAUGCGCAGCUCUGCAUCCGUUCAUGUGGACUAAUCAGAGGUAUUAUCAUUUAAUCAACAUUUCACUGCAACAUCCACCACCUCGCUGCAUGUACGUUACUCGCUGUCAGUUUGAUUCUGGAAGGCGGUUGAAAAGAAGCCAAAUUAUGGGAGCGGGUAAUCUGUUGAACUUUUUGUAGUUGUCGGUAGCAACACUGGCCUUGGCUGGCAUCACACCAAAAAAUCCACAGGGAUGGACACUAAUCUGAGCAGCCACGACCAAAAGUGAGAGGUUAGCAUUUGGAAAAAAUAUUUAACAAAAAAAACGCAGGGGUUGUUAAUUUAAAAUAGUGCGCGGUGAUCCCCCUACACCCAACCUCACCAGCCGCUUGUUUUCCAGUGAACUCAAAGUACAGUUUGUCACUACAGCGGAGACCAGUUAGCAUUGCUAGCUGCCGUCUCAACCCUCAACACGUUACAAACACGGCGUACAGAACGUACUCAGAAGCCGCUCCCGGCCACACACACCGGCUCAACAACACCGUCAUGGGUGUGCAGGGUUUCCAGGAGUAUUUAGAGAAGCGGUGCCCUGGGGCGGCGGUCCCUGUGGACCUCCUCAAGCUCGCCCGCACCGCGGCCCGCCAGCCCCCUCACCAUCAUCACCCACACCACCACCCACAUCACCCCGGGCCCAUGCCUCCCCCGCCCCCGCCUGCCAGGAUCCUGAUCGACGCUGACUCCAGCCUGCAGCGCCUGUACGGAGGCUACCAGACGGACUGGGUUUGCGGAGGCGAGUGGAACGCCAUGCUGGGCUACCUGGCCGCCCUGUCACAGGCCUGUCUGUACCAGGGCGGCCUGGAGCUCGUCGUGGUUUUCAACGGCACUCUGGGGAAGGAGCGCUGGCCCGAGUGGGCGCGGCGAGCUCAGGGCCAGCGGCAGACGGCGCAGCUGAUAGUCAACCACGUCGGCAGCAAGGCCACCCCGCCUCCCCGGGCAUGGUUCCUGCCCCCGGCUUGCCUCAGCCACUGCGUCCGCCUCGCCAUGUUCCGCUUCCGAGUGCGGGUUGUACAGACUUUGGAGGACCACCACCAGGAGGUGCUGUCUCUCUACAGGGACUAUGGAUUUUCUGGCCUGAUCGCUCAGGACUCAGAGUUUGCCCUCUGCAACGUACCCGCCUACUUUUCCUCACACGCGCUUAAACUGAGCUGGAAUGGAAAGAACCUGACCACACACCAGUACCUGCUGUCUGAAGCGGCCAGGCAGCUGGGCCUGAAGACACAACACCUGCCACUGUUCGCUGCUCUGCUGGGAAAUCAUAUUCUGCCUGAUGAAGACCUGGCUGCCUUCCACUGGAGUCUGCUGGGACCAGAACACCCACUAGCUUCCCUCAAGGUGCGAGCCCAUCAGCUGGUGCUGCCGCCCUGUGAAGUGGUGAUCAAAGCUGUUUCUGAGUAUGUCUCCUCCAUCAAAGACCUGGGAAACCUCGACAUCAUCGCCAGAGAUGUCUUCAAACAGUCACAGUCACGAAUGGAGGACAAGGUGGAGCGAUUUAAGAAAGCUGUGGAGUAUUUCUCAGCUGCCUCCAAACCACGCUCGCCCAACAUGGGGCCCUCGCCUUUCAUCUUACCUGGGUUUGGACCCGUUCCAUUUGGGGGACCACCUGGCCACAUGGGACCCAUCCCGCUUGGAAAAAAUCAGUUUCCGCCACCGCAGGGUCCAGGGUUUAAGCCGCCAUAUCAGAACGCUCCGUACGGACCAGGCUCCGCCCCUCUCUUCCACCCGCCUCAGCAGCCGCCCCAGGACUGCAACGACUCGAUAACCAGCAAGAUGGGCUUCUCCGAUUGGUCGGCGCCGUACGAUUCCACGCAGGGCGGCAACCGCUUGCCCAACCAUCACACCGGCACCCAGUCUGGCCCCUCCCCGUCUCCUUCCUCGUCAUCAGACGGAGACGAACCCAACGACAGCAACGCUAAUCAUCUGACAGACAAAUCCUCUCGGUGGGAGGAUCCGGCUGGAAGAGGCGGGCUGGCCUCCGGUGACGGGUCCCAAGGCAACGGGAGCGGGUCGAACAUUCCGUCACUGCUGUCGAUGGCGACGCGGAGUCACAUGGACAUAACCACACCCCCGCUGCCUCAGGUCAGUGCUGAGGUUCUUCGUGUAGCCGAACACAGACACCGAAGAGGGCUGAUGUACCCCCAGAUUUACCACAUCUUGACCAAGGGAGAGAUGAAGAUGCCAGUGUGUAUAGAGGACGAGUGUAACUCGGAGCUGCCUCCUGCCUCCCUGCUGUUUCGAGCUGCCAGACAGUACGCGUACGGCGUCCUCUUCAGUCUGGCUGAAACGCACCGCCGCCUGGAGAGGCUCGCCCUCCGCAAGAGGACCCCGCUAGAAGUUCCUCCUGUCAUCGUCAAAGAGUGGAGCAGCGGCAAGGCCAAGUCGGCUCUGACCCCAGAGCUGGUUCCGGCUCUGUGUUUCCGGGAGUGGACCUGCCCCAACCUGCGGCGGCUCUGGCUGGGCCGGGCCAGCGAGGACCGCUCCAGGAGAACCAGAGCCUUCCUGGCGUGCCUGCGCUCCGACUGCCCAGCCCUUCUCAACCCAGCACAAGUCCCUCAGCAUCUGUUGCUCAUGUGCUGCGUGCUCAGGUAUAUGAUGCAGUGGCCCGGUGGACGGAUCCUCCAGAGACACGAGCUCGACGCCUUCUUGGCCCAGGCCGUUUCCAGCCAGCUCUACGAACCCGACCAGCUGCAGGAGCUCAAGGUGGAGAAAGUGGACGCCCGCGGCGUGCAGCUGGCUGCUCUCUUCAUGGCCGGCGUCGACACGGCGUUAUUCAUCAAUGAUGUCUGUGGCCAGCCAUUGCCAUGGGAACACUGCUGCCCCUGGGGCUUCUUUGACGGCAAACUUUUCCAGAGCAAACUGGCGCGGGCCGCCCGCGACCGCGCCGCCCUGCUGGACAUGUGCGAGGGGCAGGAGGAGCUGGUGUCAAAGGUAGAGAAGAUGCGACAGGCGAUCCUCGAGGGCAUCAACCUCUCUCGUCCUCCUCCCCCUCCGCCUCCUCUGCCGCCUCCUGCUUUCCUACCCCCCACCAUGGUGCCCCCUUUCUACCCAAUGCCUCUCUACCCGCCUCGCCCUAUGGGCGGCAUGCCCCCUCAUCACCCGCACCAUCCUCAUCACCCCGGCCAACACAGACCCAGAGCUUUCCCAGGAAUUCAGUCCAUCCCACCUCAGGGAGGGAAGCUGGAGAUCGCCGGCAUGGUGGUGGGCCAGUGGGCUGGAAACAAGCCUCUCCGCGGCAGAGGCGGGUUCAACAUGCAGGUGGUCUCGGUGGGAGCCGGAAAAGGGCGGGGUAAAGAGAUUCCAGCGAAAGUAAAGGGAGUGAAAAAACCAGCUGCCAACAGAUCACAGACGCCCCCACCCAGCAGCCCCACGAAGCCCUCCGAGGAGGCGGGCUCAGCGCCCGAGGUGUCCACUCAACAGCUGAACGGCAGCUCAGCAGCCUCCGCCAUUGGCCAGCCCUUAGAACUGGCCCAGCCAAUCCCGUGUGCCUUAGCCAGCAGAGACAACCAAUCAGAGGGGGUGGAAGUGGAGGCCCCCUGUUGCCUUGACGACUGCCCGUCUGACGGAGCGCUACAGAAGGAGGAGUGACGGUGUCCUUCGCCAGGACGCGCCGCUCUCAGAGAGUUAUGUGUUCGACUGCCUUUCCCCUGUUUUUUGUAGCCCCGCCCCCAAGCCCCCUCCUACGUCUCGUUAGCUGCGUGCACAAUCGCGCGGAGCAGGAAGUGACGCCUUUUCACUUCCUGCGCCGCAUGAUAGACUGAAGCAGCUAGCCGUUGCUCCCGUUUUAUUUUUACUCAUGUGGUUUUAAAUCGUUUUAUGAAGAAAGGGUUUCUCCAUGAGUCCGUAAGCGCCCUGCCCCAAACCGUUUCCACUCUUUCGUAAAAAAAAAAAUUCACAGAAAAAACAACUCCUGAUCGUCACCGUCUCCCACUCAGAGCUUAAAGCUUCGCCCCCCCCACCCAGAAUCACCACAUCAACAUAGUUUCUGAUGUAGCGUCUUAAACGGUCCCGUUCUUUAAAGUCUCUGCACACUGAUGUUACGUUUGCGGCGGCGGCUAAUCGGAUGGGGUUUCAGCUAGCUGCUAAGCGCUGUCGCCGCAUGUCUUUGUGCUCUGUUGCCAUAGCGAUCAGGACGACUUUUGUCCGAGAUAAAUUUUGACUCUUGAUUCAUGGCAAUGUUUUAUCAUUUUUCUGUGCAGUGACACCCACCACCCCUCCUCAUUCCCACCACACACACACACACAAAGUAUUAGCAUGUGUGCUAGCUAUCCCCCAUCCCCUUCUAUAUAGAUUGAUUGGUUAAUUAUCACUGGAGCACUUCAUGGUAAUAGUGUGCUAUCUUACUUUGACCUAUGUAGCAUAUCCUAAUGCUUAGAUGUGCUGAGAGAGCCCCUCCAACCCUAAACCCAUGAAUUUAUGCACCUUAAACCCUAAAGUAUGCAAGAUCUCCCCCUUCCCCCUUCGUCCUAUUUGUCCCAAAGCUUUGAUUGUAUUAACCCAGCAGAAGCACUUAUUGUUGUAUUUUAAAUAAAGCCCCUGUAUGGUUGAAUCGACGUUCUGUCAGGGAUGUCCCCUGCUCCUGAAUACAUCUUUAUGACGCGUAGAAGUACGUUUUUAAAAGGUAGAGAUCUAUUUGAGAGACGUCAGAAUGUGAACAGAGUGGUUCAGCACUUUGUCUUAAAAAAAAAAUAAUUCAACCACACUGGACAGUCCUUUUACCAGGUGAAAUGGAAAUAAAACUAAACUUUGAGGCACCUUCUUGACUUGAGGCCAAAAAAAUGAAAAAUAAAGAUGUUGUUGCCCAGAAACAGAUGGAAGAUGUUGGGAGUUUGAGGGGGGAAGCGGCUGCCAAGCAGAGUUCCCCCCUCCAGCACUUCACGGUCAGUCAAGAACUUUUCAAUGGAGCUAAAAGGAGUCAUGACUCCUGUAACAAAACCAUUUCAGAUCACUGAAAGUUUCAAUCCAAAGUGUACGUCAGUAAGGUUUGCCGUCUGAGGCGAGCAAAAUAAAUAAAAAUGGGCGCAGUAGCAAUUCCUUCCAGGUCUCACCAUCCCUCGGCUUGAAGCUGAGUCACUUCAGACCGACAGGAAGCCUCUCGCUGCCCCAUAGUCCUUCCCACAAAUGCGACGGAGACUCUGUGGGCCGCAUCACGCGGCACCCUAAGGCCUCCAAUACACGGAAAUGUUUAGAAUUAGAGCACUUAAUGUUUGUUGACAAUGAAAUGUGCCCUCCUGCUCCCCCUACCGACCAGAUCCACAAUUACAAGCAAACCCAGAAAGCAGUUGGAGCCGAGAGACGACAGCCAUGAAUAUUUUUAAUCUCUGAACUUCGAACGAUCGACAUGAGAAAAAAAAAAAGGCAAGUCAGAAUAGAAGCACCUUAUUUUCUUACUAUAUUACUGACUUGUGCUCGAUCAUCGUGUGCCACAAACCGUUACAAAGACGAAGUUCUUCUGAAGGAAAAACACAAACCAACGACCCUGACUGUCCGUGUCAAUGUAGUCACGUCAGACAUCUCCCUCUGUUCCGAACUCGACCGUUUACCGGUCGGCCGCAGCGGAGCUGCACCGAGCGGCGCCGUCUUCUCACAUCUGCUCCAAAUGAAUCCGGAGGUUCCGGCUCGUCAGAGGCGCCGUAGGUGUCCGUAGAGUCAGGAAGCAUCAGGGCCUAACUGGACCGCAAAACACAGACACAGAGACUUAGACUAGAGAUUAGAGCUCCACUUGCCGAAAUACCAAGUCUAGGUUUUCUAGGAGACAUAACCGCAUUCAACUUUUGACAUUAGUGCAGACAUUAAGAAGUAAAGAUGGCUUUUUUUGUUUUUUUAUUUUUCUGUGGCGAGCCAGAGCGUUAUCCGUUCCACACGAUGCCCUCUUUUGAUUCGCUCGCCACGCCACACACUGAUAUAAAAAUAAAACACACACUCAUUCACCCACACACCACAUUCAGACAGGAAUCAGUUGCAUUCUCUCUGCUUUUGUGCUGACGUUAUUUUUUUUGUGCGUGCAGCAGUCGAGUGAUCGUCAGUUCGUCAGAGAACCUUUGGUAACUCGUUCUGACUCUAAGUAUCCCACGCAGACAAGUUUGCACAAAAAAAAAACACAAACGAAAGACAACCGUGACAUGGUUUGUGU